CAGGCCUGUGACUGUCAAUUGUUACUUUUAGUUGACAUACUCAUAAAUAUUUAAGAUAGAUAACAAAAAUAAUAAUUAAAAAUAAUAGAAAAAAAGCAUACAAAUAGACCGCUUCUGAUAAUAAUAUAUUUUGAGUAAUUAAACCGAUGUCAGAAACUUCCCUACAAGCAAGUGCUAAAGAAGAGCAACCGCCAUCCAAGAUAUCUGAAUCAGUUAAGAAAAUAAUAUCAAUGGAAAAGGAGAAUGAAACUAACGCUAGUCGCAAAUCACGAAUUGAUCUCAACGCAUUGCCGACUCGUCAAUACUUAGACCAAACAGUGGUGCCUAUACUUCUUCAAGGAUUAUCGGCACUAGCUAAAGAGCGGCCCCCGGAUCCAAUUAACUACUUGGCAGCUUAUUUGCUCAAAAAUAAAAGUACAUUUGAAAAUAGUAACAGUGCAACAAAUAAUAAUCCACCACAAAAUCCUCAAACAUAAUUAUUUAGUGUAGUUUUUAGUGUAACAAUAUGUUUUACAAAUCAGUACAGACCUAUUCUAGUACUUCAGCUCAAUAAAUUUUAAAUUUGCACAUUUCAUAAUUAUUAUUACAUGUAUUGUGUUUAUGGUGAGUUGGUAAAAAUUACUCUUUUCUAAUCAAUUUGUGUUCUGUAAUGCAGAUUAACUCUUAUUAUGAUGGCCUUAUAUAGUUUGUGACUAUGUUUAGGUAAUAAAAAUAUAUAAAAUACACAAAGAGUGUGAUUAAAAGCUAUGUAUUGUUUUACACAAAUCUAUUUUAUUAUGAAAAUAAUAAUGGAAUAACAGAUACACAAUGUUCAUAGAACUUAGAUAUAACUUUAGAAAAUUAUCCAUAUUCAGAUGGAUUAUUCACUUAGAUAUCAUUUUGAUUAUUUUUGUGUAAAAGAAGGGCACCAAAUUUACAAUAUAACUGAUAAGAUGAAAUAUAGAGUUCUAAAUUUCUGAUAUUUUUUACUAUAUCAUCAUAGUCAUAGAAUACUGACAGAUAUGUAAUAUUUGUCAGAUCCGUCAAUAUUCUACAACUAUGACGACAUACAUAGUUACUUACAAAAAGGCCGACAGCAUGCCUUUGGUGUUGUGGGUGAUCAUGGGCGGCGGUAGUCACUUACCACUAGGUGAGCUGCAUGCUCGUUUGCCCCCUGUGUUGUAAAAAAAAACUUGAACAUGGUUUAAUAUAAUUUGACUUGCAUUUUAACAUACAAACAUGUAUUGUGCAAGUUUGAAGUAGAGCAAUAAAAACAAUAUAAAUAAUUAUAAUUUAGUAAUUUAUUUCUGAUUCUAUGUUGAUAUAUUUUGUCAUUAUAUAUGAGUAAAUAUGUUCCUCAUCUAAUCUUAUAUUUUUAUUAGGUAUAGUUCAUACAAUUACACAGAGAUAUGAUAAGAAAUUAAGAUAAUGGCUGAGAUGAUGAUAAUGAUGAUAAAUAAUUUAUAAUACCCUAAAUUUCCGCUCAUUCAAUAUUAUGAAAUUUGUGAUUAUCUUAUUUUGGAUAUUAUUUAUAUAUUUAGUAAAUUUGACUCAUUUCUGCACUAAGCCUCUCAUUUGGGCCAUUGUAUGUGUGACUACAUGUAUAUGUGAUAUAUAUAAGAUCUUUUAUAUAUAAUUAUAUAUGUUAUGUAGAA